UUGCUGAACCACAUGCCUACCUAUCUAUACAUCUGACGAAUUCAUUUAGACUGCCGGAACGGGAGUAGCGGUGGUGGUAAAGCUUGCCGACUAGAUCGAAGUUGAUCUACCGUCAUAACUCAUGAAUAGAGGCAGUGAUCAGGUCAUUUGACACCUUCCUUCUUUAUAUUUGGGGCCAAGUCGCAUAGUGUCAGGGGAGGGACAAGGCAACGAGUAACGACAACAGUUGAAAUCUCCCCAUGGCAGUGAUUCUAUUGCUGCUGUUUCUGGCAUGUUGUGCAGGACUUUGCGCGGCCUCUGCCCUGACCGAUUCCAGUGACGCCUCGGUGCUGCAAGCUCUAAAACAACAAUGGAAAAAUACACCACCAAGCUGGGAGAAGUCGAACGAUCCUUGUGGAGGACAGUGGGAAGGAGUUACCUGCAUAAAUUCCAGGGUGACCGCAUUGGGAUUAUCGACCAUGGGCCUCAAAGGUACACUAAGUAGUGGCGACAUCGGGCAACUCACUGAAUUGAUAUCCCUGGAUCUUUCAUUCAAUCGAGGCCUCACCGGGACUCUCUCCCCACAAUUAGGAAAUCUCCAAAAGUUAAACAUUCUGAUCCUAGCUGGCUGCAGCUUCACUGGCACUAUCCCAAAAGAAUUAGGCAAUAUGGUCAAGUUAUCUUUCUUGGCUCUAAACUCAAACAACUUCAGCGGUGGUAUACCUCCAUCUUUAGGCAAUCUUUCCAAACUUUACUGGCUGGACCUGGCAGAAAAUCAACUGACGGGAUCUCUUCCUGUUUCGAACUCUACCAACCCUGGCUUGGAUCUCCUCUUUAAGGCAAAGCACUUCCAUUUCAACAAGAACCAAUUAUCUGGUCCCAUUCCGCUCAAACUUUUCAACUCGAAGAUGGUUUUGAUUCAUGUGUAAGUUUACAUCC